UUAGUAUUGAUAGCAUGGUCCAUAAACAUGGACUUGACUUUUAUGGAUACAUUAAACUAAUAAAUUUUAUUAGACUUAAGAAUCCUACAGUUGAGUAUAUGAAUUCCAUAUACAACCCAGUGCCUUGGGAGAAAGAAGAGUAUUUGAAGCCAGUAUUAGAAGAUGACCUUUUACUUCAAUUUGAUGUAGAAGAUCUUUAUGAACCGGUGUUAGUCCCAUUCUUAUACCCCAAUGGACUCAGUGAAAAUACAUCUGUCGUUGAAAAAUUGAAACAUAUGGAAGCCAGGGCACUGUCUGCUGAAGCUGCUUUAGCUAGAGCACGUGAGGAUCUUCAAAGAAUGAAACAGUUUGCUCAGGAUUUUGUGAUGAACGCAGAUGUCAGAACCAGCUCGUCAUCUACUACUGCCAUUGCAGACCUCCAGGAGGAUGAGGAUGGUGUUUAUUUCAGCUCAUACGGGCAUUAUGGGAUACAUGAAGAAAUGCUAAAGGACAAAGUACGAACAGAAAGCUACAGAGACUUUGUAUACCAAAAUCCACAUAUCUUCAAAGACAAGGUAGUUUUGGAUGUUGGGUGUGGAACUGGAAUUCUCUCUCUGUUUGCUGCUAAAGCUGGAGCAAAGAAGGUUCUUGGAGUUGAUCAAUCUGAAAUACUUUACCAGGCAAUGGAUAUCAUAAGACUAAAUAAACUUGAAGAUACUAUUAUACUAAUUAAAGGAAAGAUUGAAGAAGUUCAUCUUCCUGUAGAAAAAGUGGAUGUUAUUAUAUCUGAGUGGAUGGGCUAUUUUCUUCUUUUUGAGUCUAUGUUAGAUUCUGUCCUUUAUGCAAAGAACAAAUACUUGGCAAAAGGAGGAUCGAUCUACCCUGACAUUUGCACUAUCAGCCUUGUAGCCGUGAGUGAUGUGAACAAACACGCUGAUAGAAUUGCAUUUUGGGAUAAUGUCUAUGGCUUCAACAUGUCCUGCAUGAAGAAAGCAGUUAUUCCAGAAGCUGUUGUGGAAGUGUUAGAUCCAAAGACUCUUAUUUCAGACCCUUGUGGUAUUAAGCAUAUAGAUUGCCAUACAACAUCUAUCUCAGACUUGGAGUUUUCUUCAGAUUUUACACUGAAAAUCACAAAGACAUCCAUAUGCACGGCAAUUGCUGGCUACUUUGAUAUAUAUUUUGAGAAGAAUUGCCACAACAGGGUCGUGUUCUCUACGGGCCCCCAGAGUACCAAAACACACUGGAAACAAACAGUAUUUCUACUGGAAAAUCCAUUUUCAGUUAAAGCAGGUGAAGCCUUGAAAGGAAAGAUCACAGUUCACAAGAAUAAGAAAGAUCCACGUUCUCUCAUUGUCACCCUCACAUUGAAUAAUUCAACUCAAACUUAUGGUCUCCAGUGAAAAAGCUAUAAAAACACAACUAACUGGAAGUUUUUAAAAUGGUGGUGGGCCAGCAGGAAGGAGUAGAUUUCAUGUGAGCAUAGGGUUGAUGGAUCCUUCACUACUGAAUCUCCUCAAAAAGAGAGAAUCAUUGGCUUAGGAAGGGAACCAACUGAUCUCAGUGGUUCAUCUACAUAGUCAUAUUCUUAGAAGUCUGCUCAGCCAGAUUUAACCACAUAUAACCCUGACAUUGAAUUUAGCUAUAUUGAAAAUUACUUAAAUUGGCCUGGAUUUGGAACAGAGAUAAACUUUUGUUGUUUUUAAUAAGUUUCUUACUGUAAAUUUUAAACAGUGGUGAUUGAUUAGUUAUUGAGAUAAUGUUUAUUAAACUAGUAGCAUUAGGUGGUACACAUUUUAUUGUAGAUUCUCACUCUGAGGAGUAGUUUUUAAUUCUGUUAUUUGCUAGAAUAUCAGAAUAUAAUCAAUUAAAGAGGAAGUGUAGGGGACUAAAAUAUGGAAAAGAGCUUCAGCCUUCUUAGACAAAUCAUAUUUGAAGACAAAUUAACUGAUUGUCCUAUCUAGCAUACCAGUAGUUGUCAUUUUGUAGUUUCUUCCCUCUUUGUGAAUAUUCUUUAUCCAUAUAGAUUUCUAGUAUUGCCCAGGAAAUCUAAUUUCAAUACAUUUAUUCUAGGUUUCCUAAAAGUUUUUAAAGAUUGAGAUAAAUAUGUACUUACUUACUAAUAUAUUACCUUUUCCAAACUAAAUUUAUGUGCAAAGGUUGAACAUCUAACUGUGAAGAUACUUAUGUCACUAUAAAAUUGUGUUUUUACAAUUAUUGAUUCAAUUUGAAAGGCAGAAUGAAAAACGUUCAAUAAAAUGUAUAAAACCAUUAUUUGCAUUAUAAAAUGAUAUUUCAACAUAUUAAGGCCUUUUGUAAAAUCAGAAACAUUUAAAACA